UACUGCAAAAUGCUGCAGUGUAAAAAACUUACUUCCUUCUGUUAAUGCCCUAAUUUAAUUUCCAUACAUUUUACUGCAUAAAAUUAUGUUUAAAUAAUCAUUAGAAUUACACAUUUUGAUAAACAUAUUUUAAAGAUGCAACUAAUACAAUGCAUUUUUUUUAAACUACAAAUUUACGGUGUCAUUGAUAUGUUAGAAAUCGACAAGCCAUCAAAGAAAUCUUGCGUGUUCCACAGCUCCACUCACAGUUACUUGAAUACAUGACAAAAUAUUUGUCCCAGUGUUGAUUCAAAGUCCAUAUAGCCCAAGUCUCUCCGAUACUAGAAACUUGGAGUACAAGUACAGCUGAUAUUAGAUGCACCAUAAGAAUCACAGCUGAUUUUAAAAAAUCUGAAAUGGUUGCUGAGUUUAUUACGAUAAUUGCAUUUCAAGUGUUUCAUGAUUUGGCUCAAACCUUACUCAGAAAACAGAUUGAAAGGUCGACUGCAGUUUUAUAUUUUUAAGCAAGAGUCAUCUUACUGGGAAGAUGCAACUUGGGACGGAGGUGGAAAAUACCUAAACCAUGUUUACUGUAGUGCUGGACCAAAGUAGUUCAUUUCUGCUAUAUUGCACCUGUAUCCCACCACAAUUAAAGUUCGGUUACUUUUCCUUUUUAUAUUUUUUGUUCAUAAUACAAAAUCUAUUUAAAAAACAUAAGUUAUUGGGCUUUGGAUAGGCUGUUAAAUCGCUCAAGCACAACUAUUUUUUUUAAAAUAAAAAGUCUCUUUUACAUCCUGCAUAUGAGCUUUGAUCAUGUUUUGUAUGAUAAUAAAUCAGCUACCACCAAAACAACAAUAAAAUUGCGAAUGAUCCUCGCCGGCCUCCGUCGUGUCUCCAACCGGCGGUAUCCUUCCCGUCACUUUCUUGAUUUCCCAUCCCACUCCUGCGUAGCUCUGAUCCCGGCUUUCUGCUUCUCUCUCCUCUUCGGUCUUUUCUGGAUACCAUGUCGGAGUACAACGCGGUACCUCCGCCCGUCCCCGGGGCUCCUCUGCCCGGACAGGCGGCUGUGGGGAACGGAGCGGGGGGCGCCAAGAAGGAUGCGUUUGCGGACGCGGUGCAGCGGGCCCGGCAGAUCGCAGCUAAGAUCGGGGGCGACGCUGGUCCUCCUGUGAACAACAGCACUGCUCCAGAUAGUUUUCCCUUCACUGCGCAGAAACGACAGCUAGAGGACACAAAUACUGAUGAGCCAGAGACUAAGAAGCUGGCUGCUCAGAGUGACUUGGAGUCAGCCAAAGCGCUGUCUAUUGGUGCACAGCUAGCUGCUCUUGCACAGCAAAGACCCACCUCCACCACAGAGGAGUACAGUGUUCCAGACAGUAUGGUGGGACUCAUUAUUGGCCGUGGAGGUGAACAGAUCAAUAAGAUUCAGCAAGAGUCGGGUUGCAAGGUUCAGAUAGCUCCAGACAGUGGAGGUCUUCCAGAGAGAAACGUCUCCCUCACAGGGACACAAGACUCCAUACAGAAAGCCAAGAGGCUGCUAAAUGAGAUAGUCUCCCGAGGAAGAGGUACUCCCCCUCUUUCUUCUUAUCAUGACUCCAGCAACGGGCAGAACGGCGCAGUUCAUGAGAUGAUGAUCCCAGCCGGCAAGGCCGGCCUAGUCAUCGGCAAGGGAGGAGAGACCAUCAAACAGCUACAGGAGCGUGCAGGGGUCAAGAUGAUCCUAAUCCAGGAUGCCUCUCAGGGACCCAACGUUGACAAGCCUCUGCGCAUUAUUGGAGACCCAUACAAAGUCCAGCAAGCCCAGGAGAUGGUGCAGGAGAUUCUGAGGGACAGAGACCAAGGCGGCUACAGCGAAAGAAGCGAAUUCAGCUCCCGAAUGGGAGGCGGCAUGGAUAUCCCAGUACCACGACAUUCGGUGGGUGUGGUCAUUGGACGCAAUGGAGAGAUGAUCAAGAAAAUUCAGAAUGAUGCCGGAGUCAGGAUACAGUUCAAACAAGAUGACGGGACCGGUCCAGAUAAGAUCGCACACAUCAGCGGUCCGCCUGAACGCUGCGAGCACGCGGCUCAGAUCAUCAACGACCUGCUGCAGAGCAUCCGGGUCAGAGAGGAGGGACAGGGGGGUCCCCCAGGUCCUCCAGGAAUGCCUUCAGGCAAUAGGGGGCGAGGUGGGGGACAAGGCGGUUGGGGUCCCCCCGGAGGGGAAAUGACCUUCUCUAUUCCCGCCCAAAAGUGUGGGCUUGUGAUUGGCAGAGGAGGAGAGAACGUCAAGUCCAUCAACCAGCAGACGGGGGCAUUCGUGGAAAUCUCUCGACAGCCACCCCCCAACGGAGACCCCAACUUUAAGCUUUUUAUCAUUCGUGGGUCCCCGCAGCAGAUCGACCACGCCAAGCAGCUCAUUGAGGAGAAGAUCGAGGGUCCACUGUGUCCUGUGGGCCCGGGGACAGCUGGGCCAGGUCCUGCUGGGCCAAUGGUUCCUUACAGCCCAAACCCCUACAACCCCGGACCGCCUGGGGCUCCUGGACCUCCACAUGGUGGUCCUCCAGGUCCUCCCCAGUACAGCUCGCAGGGCUGGAGCAACACCUACCAGCAGUGGCAGCCUCAACCACCACAUGACCCCAGCAAGGCAGCAGCCAAUGACCCCAAUGCAGCCUGGGCGGCCUACUACGCUCAGUACUACCAGCAGCCAUCGGGGGCUGCGCCAGCCCCGUACCCCGCAAACCAGGCUGGAGGUGCCCAAGCUGCAGGUGACCAGACCCAGGCUGCACAGACACCGGGGGGCCAGCCGGACUACACCAAGGCCUGGGAGGAGUACUACAAGAAGAUGGCCCAGGCAGGCGGCUCUAUACCCGGUACAGCAGCUGCAGCUCCAGGAGCAGCAGCAGGAGGAGGAGGAGGAGGAGGAGGAGGUUCAGCAUCCACAACAGGAGGCCAGCAGGACUACAGCGCAGCUUGGGCGGAGUACUACAGGCAGCAGGCUGCGUACUACGGACAAACAGGACAGCAGCCCUCCGGCCAGCCGGCCAAUCCCCAGCAGGGACAGAUGCAGUGAGAGUUCGUGGCAGAAGACGGGAUAAAGAAGAGGGCUCUGAAGUCUUAGGCCAGGAUCGAUCCCUUUAUUCAUAUAUAUUGUAUCCGUUGCAACUAGAAGUGAAACGCUUCCCCACAUGUGAACAUCAUCUGGAUCCUUUUUUUGAUAAUAAUGUGAACUGAACCCGAUGCUCCUGUGCUUCGCUGCUGACGGGAGGGAAAAGACUGAUUAAAUGCGAUCAUUUCACUGAGCUACUCAGAGCUGCCUGAGCGUAGAUUUAAAUACUCACGGGAGCCCCGGAGCGGUUAUUUCAUUAACAGAGUUUUCAGCACAUCUCAGUCAUCCCUUAGCCCCAUUUUAAAGUACUCACCUUCAUAUCCCAGUGUUGUAUAAACUGACUUGCACAGAGGUUUUAGGACUAUAAUCAUGUUAUGUGUUCGUGUGUGUGUGUGUGUGAGACACAGGAGGAGACAUGCCUCAUUUGAUUUUCUCAUAUUGGUUUUUUGCUUCCUCUGCAGAGGCUUGCAGGGUGUUUCAACACGUGUAUAUCUGGGUGACUGUGCGCAGGUUAGAUUUAUGCAGUCAGAUUGUGAAAAGAAGCCCCGAGCUGCAAGGUUCAGAAGCACGAAUGUGAAUAAUGUAUUAAUUGCCUCUGUUCAUUUUAAAUCGCACCGCUCAACACCUUUUUGCCUCUUGAAACGUCCCAUCUCGUGAACUGUUUGUUCCACCUGACCGCUUUAGUUUUGGGUUAGAAGAAAAGGCCGGCUUACUGUGGACUAAAGGCUAAACUGGAAAGAUGGGGCUGGGUGGGGGAUAGCUUUUCAGAUUUGGCCAGCUUUCUGUGAGUAAUCAUCGUUAUUUCUUAUCAUUUGGAAAGUUCAGAAGGGCUUUCAGCACACCUCAGAAUGGCGGCAUAUGGAGACUUUGAAGUGUAGUUAUAUUCUUGUGUAGAUUGUACUGCUGAGUUCUCCUACAGCAAUUUAUCCCUCAGUUCAUUGCCGUUUGUGCAGACUCCAGGUUGCAUGUUGUCUUCCUUUAUUUUGUAAAGCUUUUUUACAAACGCUGCCUUUUUUUUUUUCUUAAUUGUCUUUCCACGGUCAUUGUUUGUGUGCAAAAGUUUGAACUUUAGUCUUCCAAGUGUGUCCUGCUUUAACAUAUAUUGUAUAUACACAAACUGUAUAUUCAGCAAUAUAAAGCUGCUGGUUUUCACUUCCAGAGAUGUAUCAGGUAUGAUUCUUGUAUUCUGAAUGGCAGCUGCGAGUCUUGCCUUUGGGUUGAUAUUGUGUUGAGAUUGUUAUAAACAGACGACCACCAGCAGCACUGAUCUGAAAUAAAUAUAUCAGCUACUUUGAAAU